AUGACAACUACAUGGCGAUGCGCCGAAUUACUCCGAGGAGAAUCAUCAAAGAAAUAUGCUCUAAUCAUCGUAAAUCAACCUAUACGGAAAGACUUAUUGUCAAAAGCAUGGACCGCUGCUGAGGUAAGAUUGUGUGCGGACGGUGGGGCGAACAGAUUAUAUGAUAUAGAUGAGGAUAAAGAAUAUAUACCUGAUCUGAUCAAAGGAGAUUUCGAUUCUAUAAGACCAGAAGUACUUGAAUAUUAUAAGAAAGAACAUGAAGAUACAAAAGUGAUUCAUGAUAAAGAUGAAUACUCAACUGACUUAAUGAAAUGUAUUGAUGAAGUGGAUGAAUCAUACGCAUUAGUUUUAUUAGGUGGAUUAUCUGGUAGAGUAGAUCAAACUGUACAUACAAUGUCAUUACUACAUAAAACUAAAAGGGAGAUAUAUGUUUUAGAUGGUGAAUCUUUCGCAUGGCAACUUCCAGCAGGGAAACAUGAAAUUGAGAUUGAUCACAACACGAUGGGUCAAACAUGUGGUAUUUUACCUGUUGGAAUAGAUAGCGCCAAGGUGAAGACAAGAGGGUUAAAAUGGGAUACAGACUGGGAAACGUCACUAGGCGGUAAUCUAUCAACGUCGAAUCAUCUUGUUCCGGAGAACCCAACAGUUUAUAUAGAAAACAAUAGACCCAUCCUAUGGACUUGCGAAAUACGUCCCUUAUCAUAG